CGGAAGGAUUGUCGUUGUAUUCGUUAGGCAUUAAACUAGGGACGGCGUACACUGCACCCAGAGUUUAAUACAAAGUUGCAUUCAUAACUUCUAUUUGGUUCCUCCGAACACCCAAUAACUAUAAAUUUAAUGAAAUGUGUCAUUCCAUAACACGGGAACAAAUAUGACUAACGCCUCCACACCACAAACCCUGAUCAAGGACUCCAGGGAGGGAUCCAUGCCCGAGAAUACAACUGCUUUCUUGAACAUCCCCAAUCUUUUGGCUUCCAUGUACACUGAAACUUCAGAUGAUCUGUGCAGGCUUCCUGGAAGAUUACGCAUAAAUCCUUCCCUGUGGGAUAAGGAAGAUGUGAACUUGUGGCUGCGUUGGGCUCAGAGGGAGUACUCCUUACGCCGUGCUGAACACGACAAGUUUGAGAUGAAUGGCAAAGCGCUGUGCCUCCUCACCAAAGAGGACUUCCGCCUCCGUUGUCCCAGCUCCGGCGAUGUCCUGUAUGAGCUCCUGCAGCAUGUAAAACAGCAGAGACGAGGCCUGGUCUGCAGUUCCAGCUCUGGUCCCGGUCCUCCCAUCAGCCCCACGCAGGGCUCCCUCGGGGCUCUCUGUGCAGCAGCAGGUCCCUGUACUUCCACUAACAGAUCUGUGCCUGUUUGCUCCGUGAAUCCAAACACCCAAACAUCAGUCUCACCAAAUACAGAUCAGAUGACAGGAAUGAGACAACACUGUCUUGUUCAGCCACACAGCCUCUCUUCACAAACACACUCAGAAACUCCAUGUGCUUCUGAAGAAGCCAGUUCCCAGACCUCUAUUGGCUCAUCUAUGCAUCUGAACAGUCAAUCCUUGGUCCUCUGUUAUAAAGACGAACCCCUCAACCUGUCCAACAGAUCAGAAGCAGUCAAGUACACCACACAAACUGUGGAGGCCAAUGGCAAAAUUGCAGACUGCAGGCUACUGUGGGAUUAUGUUUAUCACCUGCUGCUGGACUCACGGUAUGAAUCUUACAUCCGCUGGGAGGACCCAGAUGCCAUGGUCUUUAGAGUCGUAGACCCCAAUGGACUGGCUCGCCUCUGGGGAAACCAUAAGAACAGGGCCAAUAUGACCUAUGAGAAAAUGUCAAGAGCCCUGCGCCAUUAUUACAAACUUAAGAUCAUCAAAAAGGAGUUGGGACAGAGACUCCUCUUCAGGUUUCUAAAGACCCCAGAGGAGAUUAUUCAGGGGAGGUCAGAUAGAUCAGAACCCCCUGAGUCUCCUAAUAGCCCCACUUCCCCUGCAUACAGAGAGGAAAUUCUUGAAGUGUCACCCAACUCAACUCCUGACCCAUCCAGCCCUGAAUCUCACCACAGCCUCAGUGUGUCCCCACUGUCUUAACCCCAAAAAAUACCCUAAUUUCCACCACUGCUCUAACCCCAAAAUACACUAAUCCCCACCACUGCUCUAAUCCCCAAAAUACACUAAUCUCCACCACUGCUCUAACCCCCAAAAUACCCUAAUCUCCACCACUGCCCUAACCCCCAAACUAUCUUAAUUUCCACCUCUGUCUUAACCCCCAAAAUACCCAACAUGAUAAUAUCCAUAUCCACUACCCUAAUCUAUAGAGAUAUUGCCCUGAUCUCCAUCCUAAGGAAAACCAGACUUUUCACCCCACUGUCCUAAUAUCCACUCCCAGUACCCAAAAUACCCUAAUCGACAGCCACACCCUUAACUUCCAAUUUUACAAUUCCCUAGUUUCUGCAGGACUAUCCCCAUCUUCACCCCAAAUGC